UCUAAGAUAUUUUAGUAAACUUGCACUAUAAAUACCCAUUGAUGUAAUCAAUUUUGUGUGCAAUGAAGAACAAUAUUAAUUCUACAUAUUCACUCAUCUUCCUCUCCAAAUAAAUUCAUUCACUAUUUUACCAUCUAAAUUUUCCUACAUUUGGUAUCAAGAGCUAAUUAAAACCAAGACCUCCAAACAACCGAAACACAUUAACCAACAUACUCCACAAUAAAAUAAACCUCUAACCACAAAAUAAAAAAUGACCUCAACCACUAAUUACUCCCAAGUUAAUUGGGUUCCCACAUUUAAGGGAGAAAAAUAUGAACAAUGGGCUAUGCAAAUGAGGUCAAUAUUUAUCUCCCAAGAUUUAUGGGAAUUAGUACAAGAAAGUUACGAGCAACCACCCAAAGAUGACACUAAAGAGUCAUCUUGGGAUGAAACAAAAAUAAAACAAUAUAAACAAAAUAGGAUAAGGGAUAACUAUGCCCUAUCUCUAUUAUAUCGUGGAGUCGACGAGGCAAUACUUACAACGAUCAUGUCUGCAAAAACAGCUACGGAGGCUUGGAGGAUCCUGGAGACAAAAUACAGAGGUUCCGAAGAGGUGCGUUGAAUGGGAUAUGAACCUAAUGAAGAUAUCACCUUUGGAUGGAUUGGGGUAAGGAUUUAUACAAGUUCUUGACAUUGUUCUUCGUGCUACUAAGCCACCAGAGUAAUCACCCAUAAUUCAAUGCUCUGAACUUGCCUAACUAUGUGUUGCUGGUUGUCUUGUUGACUACGUUGAUGAUUUUGCUUGCCUUCUUAAACUGAGCUUUUACUUUGUACACCUUUGGUUACUAAGUGUUUUUUGACUUUUAAAUUACUAAAUUAUUAUAUUGGUAUGGCCUUACUUCAGUUUGCAGUAAAGCGGCAGAGUCUUUGAUUUUAUAAGAUUCUUUUUAAUAAAUUACUCAUAUUCAAAAAAUUUUCGAUGCAUAUAAUUACUUUGUGCUGUUUGUUUUUGUUAUUUUAUAAGCUAGAAAUUAUGAUGUCAAUGUGGACUCAAAAACCAAUUUUAAACUUACGUAUUCCUAAACUGAAAUUUUGAUAGUUUCUAUGGUAUAAAUCUACAGAAAGUUGUUUAGGUUGUUUAAUUUUGAUUUCUUAUGAAAACCUAAACAAAUACCUCUUCCGUAGCUUCCCCGCACCAGGUUUAACAUGCUCGCCAUUUCUAUAUGUGCAGCACUCUCGAUCGAGGAGUAUACUGUCAAAUAGAGAGACUCAGAAUUCUUUCGCAGUUUCAUAGGUCGUUGUAUCUUCAAUUUUCUUUUCAUAUUGCAGGUAAUGUGAGGUCUGCCUUAGAUAUAUCUGAGGAGGAAUGGGAUA